AUGAAAGACAUGGACAAUAUCAAAACUGUGAAGAAAGAAUGGAUGUGUAAAUCAGGAACUGAUGAUCGAAUUUUGAAUGGUACAGAACAAAACUGUGACUACUUUGUAGAUAACCUUUUUGAAGAAGCUCAGAAGGUUGGUGCUAUAUGUAUGCCCCCAACUACAGUCAAGAACCAGGUUGAUGUAAUCAUUAAACUUUGGAAAAAUGGGUUUACAGUAAACGAUGGUGAACUUAGGAGCUACACUGAUGUAGCAAACCAGCAGUUCUUGGACUCCGUUAAAAAAGGGGAACUGCCUUUUGAGCUACGAAAAGUUUUUGAUAAGGAGGAGGUAGAUGUGAAAGUGGAAGACAAAAAAGAUAAGGUAUAUUUGUCAUCGAAAAAGCCAAUAUUUCAUCCCUUUUCUGGACACGGUUACAGAUUAGGAAGUGCUACUCCAAGGAUAAUCUCUAAAGUAAAAGAUGAUCAUCAAGGACCUGACAACAAAAGACAUCUGCCUUUAGUUCCCUUAAAUGACUUAGAGCCUAUCACUAACAUCCAGAUCUGGUUAGCUGAUGGGGAAAGGAUAAUUCAGAAAUUCAAUGUUUCUCACAGAAUAAGCCAUGUCAGAGACUUCAUAACGAAGUACCAAGGAUCAGAGGGAAGUGUUCCCUUCACACUGACUACUUCGCUGCCGUUUCGAGAGCUGCGAGACGAGGCACUCACACUAGAGGAAGCAAAGUUGCAAAAUGCUGUCGUUGUUCAGAGACUUCAGAAAACAACCGACCCCUUCAGACUCUUAGUGAUAAAAGCACCUGACAAUGACUAUAAAACUGCUGCUACACCUAAUGGACAGCUCAAGAACGAGCAGAAAAACGCUAUCAAAAGCACAAGAUCAAAUUAGCUUUUUAACUGGCCAAAAACUACAUACAGGUGGAACUAGACAAAACCAAAAAUGUAACCAGCAAUAUCUGGAUGCACUCUCAUCCUCACGUACUGUGCUCUUAGAGAGCAAAAUGUGUGCUGUGCUAUCAUCUGCUAUCAUAGAAGUAUUUUCAACUAAAUUUGGUGGUCAGAGCCUGGCUAUAUAAUGUAGCAGAGGUAACUGUACAACAGGUCGUCCUUAGAAUUUUCUUAG